AUGAUUCGCGGCACAGGGGCUGGCCGUAUGGUGGUGGAUUCUUGGGGCGUCACGGGGUGUGUGUGGGUGGUUUUGCUUGAUGGAGAAGGUGGCCAUAGGGCGGUGCGCAGAGGUGUGGUGGCUAGGCAAGGGCGAGUAAGGCAAGAGAUGGUUACAGUGGAGGUUCGGCCUCGUAGCUGGAAGAUGUGGGUGAGACGCGAUAGGGAGCGGGUGAUGGAUGGAGAUCCCGCGAUGGCUGUGGAGAAGAGAUUUUGA